AUGGAAAUAACCGAUAACGACAAAGAGAUAGCACAAUUUUUGGGUUCAGAAGAUGAAAUAUUAGGCUGCUUUAUUAGAGGAAUAAUCACGAUAUGCCUAAGACAUUUCAAUAACCAAAGAACAAAAGAAUUCAAUGAAUACAUAGAAGAUUACAAGACAGCUACACACGAUAUGAUACAACAAAAAACUUUAGAAAUGAACGAAUGGGCUCGACUAAAAGAAGAACAAUGGAACAUCAAAGAAGAAUACUAUUUCAAAAACACAUCUAUAAAAGCACACCAAAUACAAACUGAACUAGGAGCUGUAGAUAACGAAGAUAGAACAAGGAUCGAAAAACAAGAAAAAGAAAGAAAAAUGAAUGAAUGUAGAAAGAAAACUAUGACUAACCUUGACGAGGACAGCGACGAAGACAACGAUACACUUCAACAUACCUGGGAAAUAGAAAGCAGCACACCCAGUGAAGAAUCAUGGGAUGAAGGGAAAAUGAACCAAAAAUACCAGAUUUACAACAAAGCAUCACACCAGUCAAUUGAGAACACCAAUAAUUCUUCGGGAAUGCAGGCCGAGAGCAAAAAUAGGAAUUUUACUAAAUCAAGGGACCAAUCGUUAACAAUGGCUAUCACCGCCGAUCACAACAUGGGAGAAAAAUCCAACAAAAGUAACGAAUCCGUGCACCAACCAAAAUCGGAAAAAGAUCUGAAAUAUUUCGCGGGACUUUUCACAGUCCAAAUAAGGGAUGGACAAACUGACCAAUCGAUGAUAGAAUACCUCAACACCAAUAAAAUUUUAGAAUAUCACGUGAACACACUUGGGAGAACUACUCAUCACAGAAACGAAUACACUUACUUAGGCUUUUUCACAGAAGCAGCAAAAAAUGAUUUUAUAAAUGAUGGAAGAAUAUUGGGAAUGAUAGGAAAAUUCAGAGAGCUAGAAUGGCUAAACAAAUUGAACAAAACAAUUACCAUAUCAGCAACCGGAAUAGACGGAGAAAAUACAGACAUCAACGAAGUUAUUCAGGCAAUAGAAGACAAACUAGGUAAACUUAAAAAAGUAACACAAAAAACAGGCAACGGAAAAUGGAUAAGUAUGAAACUAGAAAUGGAAAUUACAUGUACAGAGGACGAACUAUUUAAUACAUGA